GUCUUCUUGACCAGCGACAUUUUCGUCGGCUGGCGUUAAUAUAAUUCAUCAAAAGAGCUUACAAAAGCCGCAAAAAUGUUAGGUCGUUUAACGCCUGGCGCUUGCGCCCAGGUGACCAUGGUGGUUAACCAACAGCAGAACCGUAACAUGGCUACUUUGAAAGCUAUUUCUAUGCGUCUGAAGUCUGUAAAGAACAUUCAGAAAAUAACACAGUCCAUGAAGAUGGUAUCAGCUGCGAAGUACACUCGUGCUGAACGUGAACUGAGGGCGGCUCGUCCAUACGGCGAAGGUUCAGUGAUGUUUUAUGAAAAAGCGGAGGUAGCACCCCCAGAAGACGAGCCGAAAGAACUGUACGUCGCCAUAACCUCAGAUAGAGGUCUCUGCGGCGCAGUGCACACCGGUGUGUCUAAAGUGAUUCGUAACCGUCUGAGCGAGCCCGGAGCAGAGAACAUCAAGGUGAUCUGUGUGGGAGACAAGUCGCGCGCUAUCCUGCAGCGAUUGUACGGGAAGCACAUCAUUAGCGUGGCUAAUGAGAUUGGUCGCCGUCCCCCAACUUUCCUCGACGCUGCUAAGCUAGCGAAUGCAAUCCUGACCUCGGGCUAUGACUUUGGCUCGGGAAAAAUUAUCUACAACAAAUUCAAGUCUGUGGUUUCUUACUCCCAGGCUAACCUGCCCUUGUACAGCCAGAAGGCUGUUGAGUCUGCACCAAAACUCGCAAUUUACGACUCUCUGGACAGCGAUGUUCUGCAGUCUUACAUGGAGUUCUCUCUCGCUUCCAUGGUGUUCUAUGCAAUGAAAGAAGGCGCCUGCUCUGAACAAUCAUCCCGUAUGACCGCUAUGGACAACGCUUCUAAGAACGCAGGAGAGAUGAUUGAGAAACUCACCCUCACCUUCAACAGGACCCGCCAGGCUGUCAUCACCAGGGAACUCAUUGAGAUCAUCUCUGGUGCUGCCGCUUUGGAAUAGAAAGUUAUGUUACUCGGAAUCGUUUGGACACGGCCAUCUUGAAUCUAAAAUGUAUAAGCAAAAGUGUCAUUUGUCAUUUAUAAACAUUCUAUUUAUUGUUUUUUUAUAUUAUUUUUAUGCGUAAUCAAAUGUCUACAAAUGAUUUCGAGAUAUUUAUUUGUAACUGCCGACCUUCAUAGCUAGUAUACAGGUGCCCACAUUCCCGGAACAGUGUUUGAGUGGAUCGGUGGAAUUACACGCAUAACUCAAACUGGCUUCAACACCAUUCGCCGGUGCGCUUGGACACGUUCAAAGGUCGUUCGUCAUUGAAACAGUGUUAUGUUAUGGAUGAAGUGGUGGUUAGCAAUAAAGUAUUAUAAUAU